AUGAAGGACCCACUGCUGACCCGAAACGGACCAGUCAACUUCAUUCAACCGGCACAGCAACAGGGUACAGUGAUGAUGGUCGACGGACUUGAUAGCAACACAGCCAACACCGAUAAGCUGUUUAAUCUGUUCUUCCUGUAUGGAAAUGUUAUUCUAAUCAGUCGAACGUACACCCUGCCGAACAAUUCGAUCAGCUUCAAGGUCUACAGCACCACCAAGAACAAUCACUUCCCAGGCCAGCAAAAAUCGCAUUCUCCACUUCUUCAAUACCCCACCCGUAUGCCGUCUGAGGAUCUGCUGCUGACUGCAUUCACCACCAAGGACUGCCACCCGUCGCAAGUGCGAAUGUUCCCACUGAAAUCGGAAAGUUUCUCCUCUGAAUUGGUCGAGUUCCCGAGCGUAGCCCUGGCGGUGAACGCCAUCAUGUAG